AGCGUCACGUGACCGCAGGCGGGCAACGGCUGAUGACGUUUGAGCCCGCGCUCGGUUGAGGAAGGAUUUGGGGUCCCGCUGUAGGAACGUCGGGGUGCAGCCAGGCGGAGCUGGGUGGGACGGCAGGUAAAAAUUCAAGAUGCCUGGGCGUUCCAGUUCAAAUUCAGGUUCAACUGGUUUUAUAUCCUUCAGCAGUAUAGAAUCUGCUCUCUCCUCCUUAAAAAACUUCCAAACCUGCAUCAACACUGGAAUGGACACAGCUUCUAGUGUUGCUUUCGAUCUUGUGGAAACUCAGAGUCAAAUUUCAUUCCUUUGCAUGCACGUGGCUAUCCAGUUAUCCCAGCUCUGUUCUUUCUCCAAUGAAUGGUCUUGGUACCAUGUCAAAACUGAAGUGAGUAGUGAAUACAGUAUGGAUAAGGCAAUGAUUGAAUUUGCUAUGAUGGAUCGGGAACUAAAUCAUUAUGUAAAGGCUGUUCAGUCGGCGAUAAAUCAUGUAAAAGAAGAGCGUCCAGAAAACAUACCAGAUCUAAAGUUAUUGGUGGAGAAGAAAUUUUUGGCUUUACAGAAUAAGAAUUCUGAUGCAGACUUUCAAAACAAUGAAAAAUAUGUGCAGUUUAAGCAACAGCUGAGAGAACUGAAGAAGCAAUCAGGGAAACGUAAAGAAGAUGGAGGACACAGUGAGGUGGACAAGAUUAAGGAUAAGGAUGCAAGUAGAGCAGGCAAUGAACGAGGAACUGCCAGGCUGUUUUCCAAAGCGACUGCGCCAUUUUACAUUCCCAGCAGCAGUGUAUGAGGGUUCCAAUCUCUCCUCGUCCUCGCCGACACUUGUUGUUAUCUGUCUCUUUGAUUGUAGCAUCCUAGUUGGUGUGAAGUUUUCUCUCAUUGUUUUGAUAUGCAUUUCCCCUGAUGGAUUGAUAUUGUGAUAUUUAUUUUACCAACCUAUGUCAAAAGCUUCAAUCUGAUACUUUCUUAUGUGUCUAAUGGAAACUCUUGUAUUACAGGAUUAUUUUCUAAAACAAAAUCAUAGUUCUGUUCAAGACAAAUGUCAUGUGUGGGGUUAGAGUUAUACCCAAAAGAUCACAAGGGUAAAGGAGUUCAUGUCAUGCACUCAUCUGGGAGGUUUGUUUUGCCCUGUGAAAUCAUUCUGAGGCCUUUAUCUAAGGUACUCAAGUGUGAUUAUGUGACAUUUACCGGAUAAUCCAGACAGCACUUUGAUUAAACCCGCGGUGUGAUGUCAUCCAGUAAGCCCCGGAGAGUGGAGAUGCAUGUCUCUGCUGGUUUAUCAGUCAAGAUUAGCAGUUGUUCACUGCACAGUGAACUUUUUCUCCUCCAUAACCAUCAGGCUCUCUCAUGUGGGCCAAUAACCUGUCACCUGAAACCACCUAAAAUAGGUUGGACUUUCUUGAAUGCCGUGUGGCUAUGAUGACAUCGGGUUUGGCUGCAGAUGACAGGAAAGCACCUUCUCGUGGCUUUGGUAUGCCUCCAUAUCCCUUGGUUCCUGUAGAAGCACGGUGAUUGUCAGCCCUGUGCUUGUAUCCCUAGACUUGAGUUCGUACCCCUUGUACCUCCCAUCUCUCCCCUCUGUGGGAGCUCUUAGUGCGGUUAUCUUUGUGUGUCUGUCAAAGAAAGAAAAGGAUGGGGGCCAGAAGGUGUCAGGGUUUCACCAUCUUGAUUUCACCAGAUAGCAGAUACGUAAAAGGAGCCUCCACAAAAGCCAUUUGGGGAGAAACCAAAACCAAAUUAAAAGUUGGUCAGAAUUCAGAGGAUGCUUUCUUCAGAGAAGGUCUCAGUUUUUCUCAGAAAGUUUCCCCCAAAAGAAACCCUAAGGGAAAACAGAUCAUCCUCCCUGACCCACAGAGAGAAGACCUCCCAGAUCUAGGUUGUCGUCAUUGGGCUCAGCACACCUGCCUGCAGUUAGCUCAGCUCUGAGCAGGCUGGGCAGACCGAGGAGGGAAGGAGAAGGCCUAAGAGUGGGUAAUUAAUCCCUUCCCCGUGUAUCACAUAUGUUCUGCCUUAGUUACUCCUUGCCUUUUAAUAUACAUUAAUGUGGCUUAGUUCGGUGGGGGGCUAGGGGAUAUCAGCUAGUUUUAUGGGCAGAGCUUGAAUUUUGCCUCCCCAAGUAAAGGAAAUCAUUAACUAUAUAUAUUGAAGGAGCUGGUUAUGUUUGGUUGGUUGGUCAGCUUUAGUAAAUUCUAUUUUGAGCCUUCUAUUAACUAAAAUAUUAUUUGGGCUAAAACUUAAGCACAUUGUCGCCCAAUGGUAAUUGUUGCCUCUAAUGCAGACCCUGAAUUACUGUGUGGCUGGACCCGUGUGCCUUUAGAACUACCCAAGAAGAACUACUAGUAAAUGCUGUUUAUUGAAGUAUUAGUAGGAAUUGUAGUUUAGAUUUUUAUUUUUGAAAGUGAUUGACCCUUGAGUAGUUAUAAAAGUAACAGUAUAACUAGUGCUCAUCAAGCAUGGACGUGAGCUGAGCGGUGUAGUAAUGCUGUGCAUUGGUGGCCUGUGUCUUCUUUUCAGGGCCCUCUGAAGCGGGUACCACUAGGGAUUAUCCCAUUUACAACGUGAGCUUUAAUGACAUUUCAUGCUUGCCUUAUUCGGAGCUUGUGCCCUGAGCAUCUCAACAAUCAACUUCCUCUGUGCACGUGGCAUAUUUACUGAACACUGUGGCCCUCCCUUCCCGGUGCCACUGCACAUACUAGAAAUGGAGGGGUGUGAGAGAGAAAAUGAGUGAGUGAAUGAGAGAGAGCAUACCUCAAAUACUGGUGAGUUUUACACUAGUAGAGUUUGUUUGUUUGUUUGUUUGUUGGUUGGUUGGUUGGUUGGUUUGGGGGGGGAGGGAGUCAUAGUUGUUUCUGUGAAAGCUUUUAAGAUUGCCUUCCCAUCCCUCAUGUUGUCGCACAUAAGCAUGAGGUGAAGACUGCUAGAGAGGAGCCCACCAAGGCUGGUCAUUUCUGUUGGGAAAUGGCCAAGUUGUAUCUUUCCUAAAAUGAAAACGGAUUAGCGAUUUUACUUCUUUCCUCUUAAGAAAUCUAAAAAACAUUGCUUAUACUAGUUUUCCCUCUGAAAACCAAGGACCUCUGAUUACUGUUUUGCAUAGAAAAGAUAGUGUAUAUUUAGAAAUUCAAGCAGUAUUUGUGCUCUGCCUGUAAACCUAGUUAUUCAUAGUCAAUUAAAUUACUAUUAACUUUGAUUAAAUUACUAUAAUCAUUUCA